AUGUCCGUCGCCGCCGGUACUUCGAAGAUGUCCAAGCUUCGAUCGAAACAAACACGUCUUCGCAAUCUGAUGACUUCAUUCAACGUAAUCUAUUCGUUCAUGGAGGAAUAUGAAGAUACCCGGCAUUCUAGUGAGUUGGCUUCGCGGUUGGAGAAAUUGGAGCCACUGUGGGAGAAGAUAGAUGAAGCAAUGACGGAAACGGAAUUGGCUGAUAGUGAAGAGGGGGCGGCUGGGGAGAGGUAUGUGAAGGAUAGAGUUGAGUUCCAGAAUAAAUUCUUUACCUUGAAGGGAUUCUUAGUCUCGAAACUUCGGGACAAUCCCGAGCAUAACGGAGCCUUUCCAGCGUCUCAGCUUUUAGAAUCCACCAUAACUCCAACACACCCCCACGUUAAGUUACCUUUGAUAAGUCUUCCAAAAUUUUCUGGGAAUGUGGAGGAGUGGCUAGCUUUUCGAGACCUAUUUGUUUCACUAAUACAUUUUUCGUCGGAUUUGCCUGACAUCGAAAAGUUCCAUUAUCUUAGGAGUCAAUUAGAAGGAGAAGCUUUGGCAGUGAUAUCAUCAUUACCACUCACUCAAGCGAAUUAUAAUGUUGCUUGGGAGUUGCUGGUCAAACGGUACGCGAACAGUAAAUGUCUCAAAAAGAAGCAGAUUCAAAAUCUCUUUGAAUGUUCGGCCAUUCGUAAGGAGUCAGCGGCUGAAUUACAAAAAUUAGUUGAAGCUUUCGAGAAGUCUACCAAGGUACUGGAUCAGGUGGUACAACCAGGUGAUUACAAGGACUUAUUGCUGAUUCAUCUAAUGUGCUCAAGAUUAGAUGAUAAAACACGUCGAAGUUGGGAAGAACAUUCGUCGGUGUUGGAGGAAGAAGGUAUAAAGGAUUUGAUGGAGUUUUUGCUUCGCCGCAUACGAGUACUAGAGUCUCUGCCAAAUAGACAACCAGAUACUCAAAACCCAACAAUUAAAAGGGUUCAUCCCAACAAGAUUGCCAGUCAUGGAGUAUUUCAAUCAAUCCAAUCCAAAUGUCUCUCUUGUGCAGAUACACAUCCACUUUUUACAUGUCCAGUAUUUGGUAGAUUACCGGUAAUGGAAAGAGAAAAAUUGUUACGCCAAAAUUCGCUGUGCAGAAACUGUUUUCGUAGAGGGCACCAAGCAAAGGAGUGCACAUCACGGUUUUCGUGUCGACGGUGCAAGGAAAGACAUCACACCUUGGUCUGCUAUAAGGAGGAGAAACAGAAGGUUCUGCAUGGAGCAGAAAAACAAGUCAAGGGAGCAGUAGAUCAAUUGCAAGUUGAUAAAGCAUCUACGUCUAAAGUUUCAGAAGGUUCGUCGGUCAGCAGCAACAUAGCGCGGUAUGGUUCGAAGGUGCUUCUGGCUACCGCGGUAGUCCGAGCAGUCGACGAUUAUGGACAUGAAUUUCUCGCUAGAGCGCUUCUGGAUUCCGGAUCGGAGUGUAAUAUUAUCUCUACCCAUUUGGCGCAGAAAUUACAUGUGAAACGGUACAAGACAGAUAUUGAAAUAUCAGGUAUCGGGCAAGCUCCAGUAAAAACUACGGAGAAGGUUCGAGUUACAAUUACGUCGCGAUUAUCAUCUUACUCACAGAACAUGGAAUUAUAUGUUUUGAAUAAGGUUACCGAAGAUUUACCAACAUCAGCUAUUAGUGUUAGUAAUUGGAAAUCACCUGUAGGGGUUCAGUUGGCCGAUCCCGAAUUUUUCAGAACUCAUCCAAUCGAUCUACUAUUAGGAGGGGAGUUCUUUUUCGAUUUCUUCCCCAAGAAACAACAAGUUUCGUUGGGACUUAACAUGCCUACACUCGUGGAUUCUGUUUUCGGGUGGAUGAUUACAGGACGGUGUGCAGAGAACCUAGGAAAAAGGAUAUCAGUUUGUCAUGUUUCAGUUUUAGACUCGAUCGAACAACUCAUGAACAAAUUUUGGGAAUGCGAAGAAGGACACUCACUCUCAGCCUACUCGAUGGAGGAAACGCGGUGCGAGAAAUACUUCGUUCAGACUGCUACGCGAAGAGAUGAUGGUCAUUAUUCAGUUGGCUUACCGAAAUCUCCGGAUGGGCUGGCUCAAUUGGGCGAAUCGAAAUCCACUGCUUUAAGACGUCUAAUGCUGCUGGAACGGCGACUAGCGCGAGAUGAAACAUUAAAGCAGGAGUAUCAUGCAUUCAUGACUGAUUACUUGAGUCGAGGUCACAUGCGAAGGAUUAUUGAGAAUCCUGCAGAUACUAAGGUUAGUUAUUACCUCCCACAUCACCCGGUAGUAAAAGAUUCCAGUACCACUACUCGCGUAAGAGUAGUUUUUGACGCAUCAAGUAAGACUUCCACGGGAGUAACACUGAAUGACAUUCUCCUAAACGGACCAGUUAUUCAGGACGAUUUACGGAGGAUUAUAAUGCGUAGUCGGCUCUAUCCCAUCGUGCUCAUUGCUGAUGUUGAGAAGAUGUUUCGACAGGUUUGGAUGAACUCGGAAGACUUAUCGCUGCAAAGGAUCCUUUGGCGAUUCUCUCCAGAUGAACCGGUAGAAACGUACGAAUUAUUAACCGUAACGUACGGUACUAAACCUGCUCCAUUUCUGGCCACUAGGACUCUAAAGCAGCUGUCCAUCGACGAAGUAUAUAGUUUUCCGCUAGCAGCAAAACGAAUUUGUAAGGACGUUUACAUGGAUGACGUUAUUACGGGAGCAAAUAACAUCGCAGAAGCAAGGAUAAUCCGGUGUCAAUUAGAUGGAUUGUUACAAAAAGGAGGAUUCCGGUUACGUAAGUGGGUCUCGAACAAUGAAGAUUUACUAACUGGAGUUGAAGAAGAUAAUUUGGCUCUUCCACGAGACAAAACGGUUGAUUUUGAUGCGGAAUGA